UCGCCAUUUCGACGACACAGCCCCGCUCAAUUUCCGCCUCUUUCUGCAGCAAGUCACAAAAAUUUUCAGGCCUUUAUAGGAUUUGGCUUCCCCUGAUAGAAAAGAGCAAAGAAGCGAAAAGGGCUCUGAUCUUUUCUUUGUAAAUUCACUGUGAGGGGGGCAAUUAACACUUGAUCGUGAUGAUGGCGAGGAUUCCGGUGGGGUUCGAGAGAGUCGCGGCGGCGUUUGACGCCGACAUUGCUCGCAUGAGGCUGUGCGAGAGCAGCGGGAGCGAUCACUCACCGGAGAGCUCGAACACUGAUUUGUCCGAUCUCGUGAAGUCGUUCAUGGAGAACAACGAGAGAGGUGACGUGGGAGGAGAAGAGGAGGCGCGCGGGGUUAACGAUAAAGGCGAGGAGGGCGAUGAACUGAUUGACGUUGAGAAAGACGAUUGGUCUGGUUCUGAUGAGAAGAAAGAAAAGUUAAAGAGUUUAUUUGAAGGAAAUGAAAUUGAUGGAGAUGAUCGGAAUGCCAAGGAGAAGAUCAGAAGAGAAGUUGAAGUUGCUUAUGGGUCCGUCGGAGAAAAAUCGUCGCUGGAAUUCAGACGGAGAUUGAUGAGUCGAUUGCGAGGGAAAGGCUUUGAUGCUGGGCUUUGCAAAUCCAAGUGGAACAGAAAUGCGAGAUUCCCAGGAGGCGAUUAUGAGUACAUAGACAUUAACAUGGGAGGAAAACGAUACAUAGUAGAAGUGUAUCUUGCCGGAGAAUUCGAGAUAGCUCGUCCUACGAGCCACUAUUCAUCUCUGCUUCAUGUUUUUCCGGUGAUCUUCGUGGGCAGAGUGGAGGAGCUGAAGAAGAUUGUGAGGCUGAUGUGCACCGCCAUUAAAGCUUCCAUGAAGAGAGCGGACCUCUUGGUCCCACCAUGGAGGAGACACGGCUACGUGCAGGCCAAGUGGUUCAGCUCUUACAGGCGAACAGCCAACGAGAUGUCAACUAGGAAAAGGGUCGACGAACCUCGGAACGACGAGGAUGUUUCUGCAAGAUGGUCCAUUAUUAAUGGAUUUGAAGCAAGGUCUGUGAAGGCAUACAAUUGCAGGGAUGAUUAUGGGAUGACAAAACCUGGGUUCAGAGUUGGACUUCUUGCUACGGCACUCAACUCAUGAAAUAUGUCGGUGCUUUGUCCUGGAGGCAUAUUUUUGCUUAUCUGUAGCCAGUAAUUUUUAUUAGUUCGCAGAUCAUAAACAAUAGUUAUUAUUGUAAAAAUUUAAUUAUUUGCAGAGUAUAGAAUGUAGAUUGUAUUUGCUCCCUUCCCAACUGCCAUUAUUUGAUUAUUUUCCUUAAAAUAAGUGAAGCAAUAUAAUGUGUGUUUGAAUUAAAAAAUU